AAGGAUGGUUACUAUUCCCGAUGAUAGCUGAAUUGUCAUCAUGCUACUCUCAUGGACCAUCCACGGGUUAAGUUAUGGUCAUCGGGCCUCUGGUAGGCGCGUCUUCCUCGACGGAGCUCAGCCGGCUACCUUCAGCCUCCAAUAUUGAGUCACUCAUCUUCAUGAUCAUUUCUCUACGAGUCACGAAUUAUCGCCUUGGGAAUGCAUUCCCUCCAAUACCACUGCGCGCGACCUGGAUACACUGCAUGGACAAACGAUAUGCGAUCACGUGCCUCUUCGCUGCCUAGUUGGGCGUGCAUUGUGUAUAACGGCUUGGAAGUUCUCAUAGGCCGAGAAACCGCCCAGGAAAGCCUUGUGAAUUCAUGGGAUACUUGUCCCAACCGGAUUUGGCACAUCACGGUGUAUCGAGAAAACAAGUCUCACCAGUUGUACAAUGUUUGUAUUGUCGCAUCACUCAUGCAUCACCUACUCUAUUCAGACACCGCCUACCCCAAUCGACUCCUUUCCUUCCCAACAAUCACCAAACACUACCAAAAGCACAGCGCAAGGCAGGCACCCACCACAGUCACGUGCGCUCACGUGCCGCCCGCUGCUGCCUCCACGACCAUCGUACUAUAUAAUCCCCCAACCCGCCUCGCAACUUUUCUCUUCUUCUUUUUUUUCUUUUCUUCUUCAUCCCGGUGCAUGGGCAUUAGCUGCAGCAGUGAAGAUUCGUCUGAGCUCAGCUUUUUGCUAGUUGAAAACUACAACUAUGACCACUCGCACUUGCCCACGGGCGGGUGCGGAAUUUUUGACAAACUCCCUGAUCAACAUACAUUUCUUCAUUGAUGCCCUUUUGACUUGGUCGGGGUGUUGAGGAAGGUGCUGUUGUUUGUUUGUUUGGCUGUUUGUUUGAGUGUUUGCUUGCUUGGAAAGGUGGGUUGGAGAUGCGUUUGCAUACGGUGU